AGAGCGUCGGUGGUAUAGAGAUUACGGAGGAGAAGAACCCUAAUUCUGCUUCUCAUACAGAUUACAGAGGAGGAGGAGAAGGAGAGGAAGAGGAAGGGGAGGAUGUCGACUCCGCAGCAAGAAGAGGACAAGAAGCCCAACGACCAGGCCGCCCACAUCAACCUCAAAGUCAAAGGACAGGAUGGGAAUGAAGUGUUUUUUAGGAUCAAGCGAAGCACUCAGCUGAAGAAGCUUAUGAAUGCAUAUUGUGAUCGCCAAUCUGUGGAGAUGAACUCAAUUGCCUUCUUGUUUGAUGGCCGUCGUCUGCGAGCAGAGCAGACCCCUGAUGAGUUGGAAAUGGAGGACGGUGAUGAGAUCGAUGCAAUGUUGCACCAAACUGGAGGAGCCGUACAGAUUUGAUGCUACCAUUCUCUUAUUGCAAGCGGAGGAACUUGUUCUAUGGAUUGUAGGUUGUCAAGUAAUAGGAGUUUAGUUUUGUUUAAGACAUUUCUUAGUUGUUAAUCAUCUUUGUUUAUGUUGCUCGUUCUGCAAAACGUCAGUAACUCUUGUAUGUGGGAUUUGGCAUUUAUGUAUUUAGUCUUUCCUUUAUAUUUGGA